AGGCUAACGGAUCAUCAUGGCAGAACAAAAUGGUAUUAUGUUGAUCAAAUCGUGGCUUUCUGUCAAGGCAUCCAGUCAAGCUUCGGGUUUGGAUGAUGAGUGGAAAUCCCCUUGGCUCUAUCGAAGCUAUCUAGGUCUUUUAUCUGUUUCAAUCUAUCUGUCUCAGAUAUAGAACGUAGAGAAAAUGUGUGUGUCAUCAUACAUUAUAUAGUACAUUUGCAGUGCUUCUAUUAUUUGUCACUAGUAUAUCAGGCAUUUUGUUCUGACUCCUUUUCACAGGGAUGUUUACUUUUCAUAAUUAAUUAGCGCCAUUAUAUAAUUGAAUUUAGGAUAGUGAGUGACCUAUGUGACUUUUUAAAAUUGCAUCGGCUUUAACUGUCAUCUUCUGUAUCUGUGGGCUGUCUGUGAAGUCAAAAAGGUCAGUGCAUCACCAAGGAUUCACCCCACCAACAGCCUAUUUCAUUCAAUGAGGCCAGCGAGGGGGGGGCACCUUACUCCCUACCCAAUGAUAUCAUUUUACCUGUAACACUGGGAUAUUGUCUGUUGCCAUCUUACAAGCUGCCCACUCUGGAAAUCAUUUUGUAGAUAUGCAGGCAUUUUCACACUUCAGAAGGGUCAUGUGUGUGCAACAUGUCUCGCAGCCAGACUGAUAUGGGGGAUUAGUCUUAACCAUGUCAUGUGUAUGAAGAAACCUUUACCUGAUGUGUUUUGUUUGUGUUCUCUAUGCGUGAGCUGCCAGAGGCUCAGGUGUAACACAUUCAAUCCUCACCUCAAAGGGUGUUGGGUUUCUACCCAGCAGGGUCUGGCUGGCCUCUUCCAGCUACGGUUACCAGGCUACUCUCAUCACUAAUUCAUCUGCGCUCUUCGCCCCUAAGCUCUGGGUGGCUGGUUGGUUGGGUGGUUGGUCGAUUAAACGGGGGGAAGGACAAAGUUUUUCUCUUUGCCAGAACAGUGCACCAUCAGGGCUCCUAGAAGAGGACCAUACCUGAGCUGGAGCCCGAUGCAGAACGGUGAGGCUAUGAGCCCGCAGGACUCCAAGGCAACAGGGGCCGAGGCCAUGGAGGAGCAGAAGGCCCAGAACCAGAGCCAGAAUCAGGGGUUUGUGGAGCCCACAGCGCCUCAGCUUCCUCCUCCUUUACCACCACAAACAGGGCCACCAGAAUACCCGAGACCUAGGCUCAUCUUCCAUACCCAGCUGGCUCACGGGAGUCCCACAGGCCGCAUCCACGGAUUCACCAACGUCAAGGAGCUGUACACCAAGAUAGCUGAAGUAUUCAACAUCUCUCCCUCAGAGAUCCUGUUCUGCACCCUCAACUCACAUAAAGUGGACAUGCAGAAGCUGCUGGGGGGGCAGAUCGGACUGGAAGACUUCAUCUUCGCUCACGUCAGAGGGGAGACCAAGGAGGUGGAGGUGACAAAGACGGAAGAUGCAUUGGGCCUCACUAUCACAGACAAUGGAGCUGGAUAUGCUUUCAUCAAGAGGAUAAAGGAAAGCAGCACCAUAGACCAGCUGAAGACAGUAUGUGUUGGUGACCACAUUGAGGCCAUCAAUGACCAGAGCAUUGUAGGGUGUCGACACUACGAGGUGGCUAAGAUGCUAAAAGAGCAACCGAGAGGCAUACCCUUCACGCUCCGCUUGGUGGGGCCCAAGAAGGCCUUUGACAUGAUUGGAAUGAGGACCAAGGCACCAAAAUCUAAUGAGGGCAAGAUGGUGAACGGAAGGGAGACACUGCGUCUGCGCUCCAAGGGUGCUGCUACAGUUCAGGAAGUGCAGAAUGAGUUUGAAGAACAGGCCACCAAGAAAGUGGACGACCUACUGGAGAGCUACAUGGGCAUCAGAGAUCUGGAGCUGGCAACCACCAUCGUGGAAGCGGGCAAAGACAAGAAGAACCCUGAUGACUUUGCAGAGGCCUUGGACUCAGUUCUGGGAGAUUUUGCUUUCCCUGAUGUGUUUUUGUUUGAUGUAUGGGGAGCUAUUGGAGACGUCAAGAAUGGUAGAAUUUAGACAUUUACCAUAUCCAUAACAGCGAGAGAGAAAGAGCUCUGUUCUCUGGUACAUCCAACUGGAAAAAAAGAAUUUGUAGAAGCUUUUAAUGUUGCCUUCACAGUCCUUGCAUACAUUUUUAAUAAUUUCCAUUAAAACCACGAGAGGGACUGCAAUUAAUUCAACCCUUUGAACAGUCAAAGUAGAUCAUCACUCUUAAUGUUUUUCUGAAUUUUGACAAACACAAAACACAGAAAAUUGCAGUGCAGUUUUUUAAAAAUACGAUUGUAUUGAAAUCAAAGAUUGAAAUGAACCUUUACAGUGUAGCCAUUUAGCUGGUGAUCUUGUUCAGGGUGCAAAACAGUGACAGUAAAAAUUGCUGACUUAUCCCCAUUUUGAUUAAAGAUAAAAGUUUACGGAA